UCAAAGAAUAGAGAUAGAGAUAAUGUGACAUAAGUCGCAUAACUCGUCGUUUCCAAUAUCCUACACUAGACUUAUGGAGACCACGCGCAUUUUGAUAACAUACUUGGAUGUCAUGGAAUAUACACGUAACACUUCACUCAUUCUUCAACUAUCUCUCUCCAUUUUGCUGUGCGUUUGCCUGUGGAUGGCGUGCGCCUAAUUUCCUUCUACUAGUGCUUUGAGGGUGCUCCCCUUUUUUACGUCUAUUUUCAUUUUUUAUCUUCCACCAAAUCAACUUCUACAUAUUUUCUACAUUUUCUAUUCUCUUUAAUCAACAAAACCCAGAAAUAAUUGAGGGCAAAUUCUACAAUUUUAAAUUCGAAGGGCUCAAGAUUAACCUUUUUGAUACAUUUUUUGGGCAAAACCCUAAUAGGAAAGUUUGAAAUCGGUGAUUGGUGUAGGAUGGGUUCGGAUGUUCAAGAUGAUCAGAUUCUUAAUGAGGAGAGUGAUUUGGUAGAGGUUGUAGAGGAAUGUUCUCAUCCUAACAAAAGGAAGUGUGUUAAAGUGCCCAAAAAAAUUAUGAAGGCAGAGAGAGAAAGAUUGAAGCGAGAACAGCUGAAUGAACUUUUCAGCAAGCUCGCUAGUGUUCUUGAAUUGAAUCAAGAGAACAAUGGGAAAGCCUCGGUACUGAAUGAGACUAUCAGGCUGAUGAAAGAAAUGUUUUGCAAUAUUCAAAGCCUUAGAAAGGAGAAUGCAACACUGCUGUCAGAAUCACAAUAUAUGACAGCUGAGAAGGACGAACUGAAAGAGGAGAACACAACACUUGAAGUACAGAUUAAGAAUAUGCAAAACGAAUUGAAAGAGAGAAUAGGCCAAUCUAAGCCGGACUUAAACAUUAGCCCUCCUGAAUGUUGGCAAACCGAUAUGCCUUCACACUUCGUGGAAGCCCAUCGUCCACAAAUGACCCCGACAGAUCCAUCUACACAGCAGUCACCAAUUCUUGGCCCCCUUUAUGUCAUACCUAUCAAUCCUGAUCUGCAAGCAUUUCAAAAGAUCGAUGCAGCUUCUGUUAAUUCACCCAUAACCGUGAGCAAACCUCAUGCUCGAUAUCCCACGCCUGCCGACUCAUGGCCCUUACAGUUGCUUCCAAAGCAGCCCAAGACAGCAGUAACACAAUCAUCAUCUUAGAUAGCAUUGUAGCAAUAUCAAUUUGUAUGCUAGUGAAAUAGUGAUCCUAAUAUCAGCAGCUCCUUUCACUUUAGUCUCAUCCUUUGUAAAAGAAACUGAAUAUUAGCCUUUAUAACAAAAUCAAUUCUUGUUGUACAUGUAUCAUAAA